AUGCUGGGACGUUCGAUUCUGCGCGCGUCCAACCGGACCUUUGCACGCCAAUCCCUCGGGAAGUCCACGCGUGCUUCUUCCACUGCCGCCGGUGCCGAGGCCGCCAGCUCCCCCUUCUACCUCACACUCACUGCCGGCCUCGCAACCGCUGCCGCCGCCGGUUCCACCGCAUGGUACUACCACCUCUACGGCCAAGAGGCCUUCGCCAUGACACCCGCUGAGGAGGGAUUGCACGCCACUCAGUACCCCUGGGUUCACGAGCGAUUCAACAAGACCUUUGACCACGCUGCCCUUCGCCGUGGUUUCCAGGUCUACCGUGAAGUUUGCGCUUCUUGCCACUCCCUUACCCGUGUCCCAUGGCGCUCAAUGGUCGGAACCAUGCACACCGUCGAUGAGAUGAAGGCCAUGGCCGAGGAUAACGAGUACGACACCGAGCCCAACAGCGAGGGUAUCAUCGAGAAGCGCCCCGGAAAGCUCUCCGACUACAUUCCCGCUCCCUACCCCAACGACGAGGCUGCCCGUGCUGCCAACGCCGGUGCCCUGCCCCCCGAUCUGAGCCUGAUCAUCAAGGGCCGUCACGGUGGCUGCAACUACGUCUUCAACUUGCUCACUGGUUACCCCGAUGAGGCCCCCGCUGGUGCCAACGUCGCCGAGGGCAUGAACUUCAACCCCUACUUCCCCGGUACCGGUAUUGCUAUGGGCCGUGUCCUGUUCGACGGUGUCGUCGAGUACGAGGACGGCACCCCCGCCACCACCUCACAGAUGGCCAAGGAUGUCGUCGAGUUCCUCAACUGGUCCGCCGAGCCCGAGAUGGACGACCGCAAGAAGAUGGGUGUCAAGGCUGUUGCCCUUCUGACCGGUCUCUUCGCCAUCUCCGUCUGGGUCAAGCGCUACAAGUGGGCCCCUCUCAAGACCCGGAAGAUCGUGUACAGCCCCCCCAUCGGUCCCCGUCGUUAA